UUCCACUCGUCCGGUGGGCGCCAUCUUAAGUCACACGGAAGCACGGUCCAGGAGGAGUGAGGCGCCGGUGGACAGUUCUCUGCGUUAAAUAUUUCACACCUUUCAGGAUCUGGUGCAUUGGAAACAUACUAAAUAACUAUCGGCGAAUUGGAAGAUGGCGACUCAAUUGCUUCCAAUACGUUUUCAAGAGCAUUUACAGCUCCAAAAUGUUGGCAUUAAUGCCUCCAAUAUUGGGUUUAGUACCCUUACUAUGGAAUCAGAUAAAUACAUAUGUAUAAGAGAAAAGGUUGGAGAAACUGCUCAGGUUGUCAUUAUUGAUUUAAAUGAUGCCACCAACCCAAUUCGCCGGCCUAUCUCCGCUGACUCUGCCAUCAUGAACCCAGCAAGUAAAGUUAUUGCAUUAAAAGCUGGCAAAACUUUACAGAUUUUCAAUAUUGAAAUGAAAAGCAAAAUGAAGGCACAUACUAUGACUGAAGACGUUACCUUCUGGAAAUGGAUUUCAGUCAACACAGUUGCACUGGUUACAGAUACAGCUGUAUACCACUGGGGUAUGGAAGGACAAAAUGGAGAAGCAGGAGAUUCUCAACCCCUAAAGAUGUUCGAUCGUCAUUCAAGUCUUGCUGGAUGUCAAGUCAUCAACUACCGGACCGAUGAAAAGCAACAGUGGCUUCUGUUGAUAGGAAUAUCAGCCCAGGUAAAUGCUGAAAACUCUGCUGUGACACCACCAACUCAGCAAAACCGUGUAGUUGGAGCCAUGCAACUUUAUUCUAUGGAGAGGAAAGUAAGUCAGCCAAUAGAAGGCCAUGCAGCUGCAUUUGCCCAAUUUAAAAUGGAUGGUAACCAAGCUCUUUCUACGUUGUUUUGUUUUGCUGUCAGAGGAGCACAGGGAGGAAAGCUACAUAUCAUUGAAGUCGGUCAGCCACCUCAAGGGAACUCACCAUUUACAAAGAAAGCUGUUGACGUUUUCUUUCCUCCUGAAGCCCAGAAUGAUUUUCCUGUUGCUAUGCAGACAAGCAAUAAACAUAAUGUGAUAUUUCUAAUCACCAAAUAUGGCUACAUACAUCUCUAUGACAUAGAAACUGCAACAUGUAUUUACAUGAACAGGAUCAGUGGUGAUACCAUUUUUGUAACCGCUCCACAUGAGCCCACUAAUGGAAUCAUUGGUGUAAACAGAAAGGGACAGGUUUUAUCUGUGAGCAUUGAAGAAGAUAAUGUUGUUCAGUACAUCACAACAACUUUACAAAAUCCUGAUCUUGCUUUGCGCUUAGCAUCUCGUUGCAACCUGCCAGGUGCAGAAGAUCUCUUUGUUCGCAAGUUCAAUAACCUCUUCCAGAAUGGACAGUAUGCAGAAGCAGCUAAAGCUGCUGCUGGAGCACCAAAAGGUAUCCUCAGAACACCACAAACAAUUCAACGUUUCCAACAGGUUCCUGCUCAACCUGGACAAACAUCACCUCUUCUGCAGUAUUUUGGUAUCCUUCUGGAUAAAGGUCAAUUGAACAAAUAUGAAUCUUUAGAACUUUGUCGACCCGUACUUCAACAAGGACGUAAACAACUUUUGGAAAAAUGGCUGAAAGAAGACAAGCUUGAGUGCAGUGAAGAACUUGGUGAUUUAGUUAAAGCUGCUGACCCAACCCUAGCUUUAUCUGUGUACCUCAGAGCGAAUGUUCCAAACAAGGUGAUCCAAUGCUUUGCUGAAACAGGACAAUUCCAAAAGAUAGUCCUUUAUGCCAAAAAAGUUGGUUACACACCAGACUACAUCUUUUUACUGCGGAACAUAAUGCGCAUGAACCCUGAACAAGGACUUCAGUUUUCACAGAUGUUGGUUCAAGAUGAUGAGCCUCUUGCUGAUCUUAAUCAGAUUGUUGAUGUUUUCAUGGAAUUCAAUUUGAUUCAGCAAUGUACAUCAUUCCUAUUGGAUGCACUCAAAAACAACCGUCCUUCUGAAGGACCUCUCCAAACACGCCUCCUUGAAAUGAACUUGAUGUCUGCCCCACAGGUGGCUGAUGCAAUUCUUGGCAACCAAAUGUUUACACAUUAUGAUCGUGCUCACAUUGCACAGCUGUGUGAAAAAGCUGGUCUUCUACAAAGGGCUCUGGAGCACUAUACUGAUCUUUAUGAUAUUAAAAGAGCUGUUGUCCAUACCCAUCUACUCAGUCCUGAGUGGUUGGUGACAUAUUUUGGUUCUCUCUCUGUUGAGGAUUCUCUUGAAUGCCUGAAAGCUAUGCUUCAGGCUAACAUACGCCAGAACUUGCAAGUCUGUGUACAGAUUGCAUCAAAAUAUCAUGAACAGUUAAGCACCAAUGCCCUCACUGACAUCUUUGAGUCCUUCAAAAGUUAUGAAGGUCUCUUUUAUUUCUUGGGAUCAAUUGUCAAUUUUAGCCAAGAUCCUGACGUCCAUUUCAAGUAUAUCCAAGCAGCUUGCAAGACUGGUCAGAUCAAAGAAGUUGAAAGAAUUUGCCGAGAAAGCAACUGUUAUGAUCCAGAGAGAGUUAAAAAUUUCCUAAAGGAAGCCAAACUUACUGAUCAACUACCAUUGAUUAUUGUCUGUGAUAGGUUUGACUUUGUACAUGACUUAGUCCUUUAUCUAUACAGAAACAACCUCCAGAAAUACAUUGAAAUAUAUGUGCAAAAAGUAAACCCUGGCCGACUCCCUGUUGUCGUGGGAGGCCUACUUGAUGUUGAUUGCUCUGAAGAUGUUAUUAAGCAACUUAUUAUGGUUGUGAAAGGACAAUUUUCCACAGACGAGCUGGUUGAAGAGGUAGAGAAAAGAAAUAGAUUGAAACUCCUCCUUCCUUGGUUAGAAAUGAGAGUUCAUGAGGGUGUGACUGAAUCAGCCACCCACAAUGCCUUAGCCAAAAUUUACAUUGACAGUAAUAAUAAUCCUGAAAGAUUUCUGAGAGAAAACCAGUACUAUGAUAGUCGGAUUGUUGGCAAGUACUGUGAGAAACGAGAUCCGCACUUAGCUUGUGUGGCUUAUGAGAGAGGAUUAUGUGAUCAAGAAUUGAUUAACGUUUGCAAUGAAAACUCUUUAUUCAAGAGCGAGUCUCGUUACUUAGUUAGAAGAAGGGAUCCAGAUCUUUGGGCUAUUGUUUUAAAAGAAGAGAAUGAAUAUAGAAGACAACUCAUCGAUCAGGUGGUCCAGACUGCUCUGUCUGAAACCCAAGAUCCUGAAGAUAUUUCUGUGACUGUUAAGGCAUUUAUGACCGCUGACCUCCCCAAUGAGCUGAUAGAACUGCUGGAAAAAAUUGUUCUGGAAAACUCUGUUUUCAGUGAUCACAGGAAUCUGCAGAACCUGUUGAUCCUGACGGCCAUCAAGGCUGACCGUAGCCGUGUGAUGGAGUAUAUUAAUCGUUUAGACAACUAUGAUGCUCCUGAUAUUGCUAACAUUGCAAUCACAAAUGAACUGUUUGAAGAGGCUUUUGCCAUCUUCAGAAAGUUUGAGGUUAAUACCUCGGCUAUCCAGGUAUUGAUUGACCAUGUUGCAAAUUUGGACAGAGCUUAUGAAUUUGCUGAGCGUUGCAAUGAUCCUGCAGUGUGGACACAGUUAGGUAGAGCUCAGCUCUCAUCAAGUAUGGUGAAAGAGGCAAUUGAUUCCUUUAUCAAAGCUGAUGAUCCUUCACAAUAUAUGGAAGUUGUUAAUGUAGCCAGCAGCAACAACAGCUGGGAAGAUCUUGUAAAAUUCCUGCAAAUGGCUAGGAAGAAGGCUAGAGAAACUUUCAUUGAAACGGAACUCAUUUAUGCAUAUGCAAAGACAAACAGAUUGGCUGAUCUGGAAGAAUUUGUUUCUGGUCCGAACCAUGCUAAUAUCACUCAAGUUGCUGACCGCUGCUUUGAUGAUAAAAUGUAUGAAGCUGCCAAACUCUUGUACAACAAUGUGUCUAACUACGCGCGUUUAGCUAUCACUUUAGUGCACCUUGGAGAAUAUCAAGGGGCUGUCGACAGUGCACGGAAAGCUAACAGUACAAAGACAUGGAAAGAGGUUUGCUUUGCUUGUGUAGACAAUGAAGAGUUUCGUCUUUCCCAAAUGUGUGGUCUUCACAUUGUAGUACAUGCAGAUGAAUUAGAGGAACUUAUAAAUUAUUACCAGGAUAGAGGAUUCUUUGAAGAGCUGAUCACACUUCUAGAGGCAGCCUUAGGUUUGGAAAGAGCUCAUAUGGGCAUGUUCACAGAAUUAGCCAUUUUGUAUUCAAAAUACAAACCUGAAAAGAUGAGAGAACAUUUAGAAUUAUUCUGGUCUCGUGUCAACAUUCCAAAGGUUUUGAGAGCAGCUGAACAAGCUCAUUUAUGGGCUGAACUUGUAUUCCUGUAUGACAAAUAUGAGGAGUAUGACAAUGCAAUUUUGACAAUGAUGAACCACCCAACAGAAGCCUGGCGUGAAAGCCAAUUUAAAGAUAUCAUAACUCGAGUGGCAAAUAUUGAACUUUAUUACAAAGCUCUGAUUUUUUACUUAGAUUUCAAACCAAUGUUAAUUAACGACCUUCUUCUAGUCCUCACACCACGUCUAGAUCACACCCGCUCUGUGAAUUAUUUCCUUAAAGUCAACAAGAUUCCAUUAGUGAAGCCCUACUUGUGGUCAGUACAAAAGAACAACAACAAAGCCAUCAAUGAAGCCCUGAAUGACCUGCUUAUCACUGAAGAAGACUACCAGAGUUUGCGGACGUCCAUUGAUGCUUAUGACAACUUUGAUAAUAUCUCUUUGGCACAACGGCUUGAGAAACAUGAGCUUCUUGAAUUCCGCAGGAUAGCUGCUUAUCUUUAUAAAGGAAAUAACCGAUGGAAACAAUCGGUGGACUUGUGCAAGAAGGAUAAACUUUUCAAAGAUUGUAUGCAGUAUGCAAGUGAAUCCCGUAAUGUAGAUAUUGCUGAAGAAUUAAUAGUUUGGUUCUUGGAACAGAAAAACUAUGAGUGCUUUGCAGCCUGUCUUUUUCAGUGUUACGAUCUUCUGCGGCCUGAUGUAAUCCUCGAACUUGCAUGGCGUCAUAAUAUCUUAGACUUUGCCAUGCCUUAUAUGAUCCAAGUAAUGAGAGAGUAUACUUCCAAGGUUGACAGGUUGGAGCAGUCUGAAGCUGUGAGAAGUGAAGAGGAGCAAAAGGCCGAAGAAAGACCACUGGUCAUUGGUGAUACCCAAUUGAUGUUGACUGCUGGACCAAUGUCGAUGGGCAUGGCAAAUACCACUGGCCAGGCAUAUCCUAAUCCCACAAUGGUGGGAAUGGCAACUCCUAUGACCAAUCCAGGCUAUGGAUACAUGUAGACCGCGACAGCUCACCUGCCCAACCAGCCAGCAGCAUGUAAUUUUUAUGGAAACUAAUUGGACUGGCUUAUGAAAAGGCCAGCAGUUUCUGCUGCCUUAGACCUUUAUACUCUGCAGCAUUCAUUUUAGGGUGGACUUACAUUGUAUGGGAAGGCACAUAAUGCUAUUCUAAUGAACAUUUUCGGGACACAAGCUGAUUGGUGGAAUUGUGUAAUUGAUUUGAUGGACCAGUCAAUGGAUUCAUAAAGACAACUCACUAGCCUGAAAUACACCUACAUUUUUUUUAAUGCACACAUUUAUACACACAUGAACAUUUGAAAAUAUUGUCGAAAUGGUUUUCAUCAAAACCAGAAUUGAUGUGCUGCCUUCAGCAGUGAGCUUGUAGUGAGUCAGACUAGUUUAAAAUUAAAUAAAAUAAAUAUUAAUGGGCUUGGCUAAGGUACCACCAAAAGAUUGGUGUUGCUUAGAGGGUGGGUAAUGAAGUCGGAUAGCUUGACAAGAUCAGGUCUUAGGGGAGUGGAGAACCAGGGGUUUGGUUGGGGUGGGUCAGGCAGGGUGCACAACCAUUCCGUAGCUGAAAGACAUCUAUGGGAGAGAUGCUGUCUAGGAGAGGGAUAUGAAUAUUCAUCGGCUUGUUUUUUGAAUAGCUUUGUCAAUUAUGUAGAACUCCUGAUGCCAGGAAAAAUAUUGAAAAUUAAAACAAGAACUUUUGGGGAAUUAAAAAGGUAAAAAGUAAUUAAAAAAUCUAGGAAAUUUAGUAGUUGAAAGUAUAAAAUUCUUGUUUACUCUACACACUGUUGUGUAUUCAUUAACUCACGCACACUCAUGCAGUCCAGCAAGAAAACUAACUAAUGGUGAAUUAAAUGGCCAUUAGAUAGAUUGCAUGUGUGUACUCAGUCUCAGAGAAACCUGUGUAAAUUAAUUUUUGUAGCCAUGGCUUUUAGUGGGAGAGAGCGUAUUGCUCCAGCUUUUUCUCCCCUUGACUUCUUACUGGGAAGGAAAUUUAAAAUACAGUUUUCAGAAGACUCAUUUUCUCUCUUUCUCCCUCUCUCUUUUUCUCACACACACACACACACUCUCUCUCUCUCUCUCUCUCUCUCUCUCUCUCUCGGUUUAUUUGUUCGCUAAAAUAUUGUAAACAGCUCAUGUUGCUCCUCAUCUUCAGACUGAAUAUUAUUAUUAUUAUAUAGAGUUGUCGUUCAUCCUGCUAACUAGCAUGUACAGAACGUCAUUUAAUUGAAUAUAUGACAAGUAAACAGAAACUGGGCUCGCA